UCUUCUGUUCUUCUCCUCCCUUAAGCAUACACGGAAAGCUGGAGGCUUKACAGAAACCAGAGAACUGGAGACCAAGGGAAAAUGGAAGCUCUGGGCCACAGCAUGGACCUUAGCUUCACUCGCAUGUCUUCGAUUCACUGUAACCCUUCAACAACGGGUCUUGGGUCAUUUGCUUCCUGUCGAUUUUCUAGCUUGAAUGUUCGGUUCGGAAAGGAUUGGAGAAAAUCGGCCGGUUCUUCUUCGCUGAGGCUCUGUGGAUUAAGGGUUCGUUGUGGGAAGAGGYUUCAUGAAGGGGAAUUUGAAGUGGUUGGAUUUAAGAAGGAUGAAUCGAAUCGAAGCUUGAUCAGAUCGGUCGGGAGAAACUUCUUUAGCUUCGCUGCUGCAGUUGCUGCUGUUGUUUCAAUUUGUUGUGAUACUCCGGCGUUGGCCGAGUCCCUCACUGUUGCUUUCCCUGUUUCUCGAGCUCGCGAGGUAAAUAGAGUUCAGAGAACUCUUGUUGAGGCGUGGGGCUUGAUUCGAGAAACUUUCAUAGAUCCAACUUUUAAUCAUCAAGACUGGGAUCUGAAGCUACAACAAACCAUGGUGGAGAUGUUCCCAUUGAAAUCAGCAGAUGCCGCAUAUAACAAGAUCAGUGGAAUGGUUGCCACUCUCGGUGAUCCAUUUACUCGAAUUAUCAGCCCAAAGGAAUAUCAAAGUUUCAGAAUAGGAAAUGAUGGAAACCUGCAAGGAGUUGGCCUCUUCAUAAACACUGAACCAAGCUCCGGGCACUUGGUGGUUUUGUCUUGUAUAGAGGGAAGCCCAGCUGCCCGUGCUGGUAUACAUGAAGGAGAUGAGCUAGUUGAGAUUGAUGGACAGAGGCUUGAUGGUUUUGAUGGUGAAGCAGCAGCACAGAAGCUUCGAGGGCRUGUUGGAACAACUGUUACCAUAAAACUUCACAGUGGUAAAGAUUCAGAAAGUAAUUCUGGGUUCAGAGAGGUCAAACUACCCCGUGAGUUCAUUAAGCUUUCUCCUAUAUCCAGUGCUGUCAUCCCUCACAGAACCCCAGAUGGUCAUCUUUUGAAGACUGGAUAUGUGAAGCUCUCAGCAUUUUCUCAGACUGCUGCUUCUGAAAUGGAAAAUGCCAUUCAAGAAAUGGAGGGACAAGGAGUACAAUCAUAUAUAUUGGAUUUACGCAACAAUCCAGGUGGUUUGGUAAAAGCUGGGCUGGAUGUUGCCCAAAUAUGGCUAGAUGGAGAUGAGACUCUUGUAAACACAAUUGAUAGAAAUGGAAAUAUGUUACCCAUAAAUAUGGUCAAUGGACAUGCUUUAACACAUGCUCCACUUGUUGUCCUUGUAAAUGAAGGAAGCGCAAGUGCUAGUGAGAUUUUGGCUGGUGCUUUGCAUGACAAUGGCCGAGCAAUCCUUGUGGGGCACAAAACCUUUGGGAAAGGAAAAAUUCAGAGUGUUACAGAACUACAUGAUGGAUCUGCCCUGUUCGUUACAGUUGCAAAGUAUUUAUCACCAGCACUUCAUGACAUUGAUCAGGUUGGCAUUACACCAGAUGUGCAAUGCACGACGGAUAUGUUGACAUCACCUAAAGAAUCCUUCUUGAAGGAAAAGCGCUCAAUAUCCUCCCUUGAGGGAGAUUCAUGCAUCAUGGUAGCUGAACAUGAGUUGGAUAUUCAGGAAUCCAAGGGAACUGCUUCAUGAAAGAAAUGCAUCUGCCUUCAUAUUUGUUAUGUACAAGUCACUGGAUGUAUAAAUAUGGAGAAAAAUCACAAUUCUCAAUGUUACUUCUUCAUAUGAUUGUAUACAUCCAUUGUAAACCAGUCUUUACCGAAGAAAAAAAUGUAAAGCAGUCAGACUGGAAAAUAAAAAUGAAAGGAAACAAUGUACAUAUACAUAGGAAAAUGCUUUGUAAAAUUKACUGUCUUAUAGUUUGUAUAUGAAAUUUAAGCUUAUAUGGUAA